AUGGAUUCCAUCAACAACGAAGACGAAAAAGGACAAUUUUAUUUGCCUUCUUAUCUUUUAAAGACAACUUAUGGGGAAAAACUUGAAAAAAAAUUAUCAACUCCAAUUAAACAAAAAAAUGAUCAUUCAAUAACUAGUAAACUAAGUGCUCUGGGGAUAAUGGGGAAUAUGCCAUCUAGAUAUUCAAAUGCUGAUUAUGAUUCUGAAUUGGCUUCUAUAUUUAGUGGUUCAAAUGCAAAUCAAUCCAAUACCUCAAUUCAUCAUGAUCGUGCUGGUGCUAUAAGCUCAACAAGUGCUGGUAAUGAUUCAGUCAUUGAUGAUGAUAUCCAUAGUGAUGAUCCAAUGGAAGAAGAGGAUGAAGAAGAGGAGGAUGAAGAUGAGGAAGGGGUUCAUAAUAUACAUUAUGGUGAUGAAAUGGAUGUUGAUUUUGAAGAAGAUGAACAUGAUAAUGAAUUACGUCCAACUUUUACAAGUUCAACAGGAAGUGGGACAGGCUCUGGCUCUGGCUCUGGUCCUGUAACUGGUGGUCCUGGAAUAAUUAGAGGUAAUAAUAGAAGAAGAACAAGAACAAGAUCUUCUCAAUCAAGUAAUCCAAGAAAAAAUUCUAAAACUAAUAAAUUACAUUCUUUAUCAAAUGGUCAAAAUCCUUUGGGGAACUUUAAAUAUUCAUUACCAACAAAAUGGGAAAAUUCAACAAAUAAAUCAUUACUUGUUAGUAAUAAUGGAUUAACAUUGAAAAUUGAUCAAAAUGGUAAUAAUAAUUCACCAACUUCAUCAUCAUCAAUUUCUAAAAAUUAUGAUCAUUUAGUUACAAAAACAAAUAAUUCAAUUCCAAUUAAAGUUGGAGUUUUUUAUUUUGAAAUUAAAGUUUUAAGUGUAACAAAUAAUAAUUUAAAAAAUAAUUCAGAUAUAACUAUUGGAUUUAUGAAUUCAAAUUUAGUUAAUGUUACUAAAAUGCCAGGUUUAGAAAUUGGUAGUUAUGGAUUCAAUGGAUCAGAUGGAUCAAUAAUUUGUUCUCAAUCUGCAAGUAAAAAAUAUAAUUGUAAAUUUGGUCAAGGUGAUAUAAUUGGAUGUGGUGUUAAUUUUUCUACAAAAUCUAUAUUUUAUACUAAAAAUGGUGUAUUUUUGGGUAAUGCAUUUACAGAUAUAAAUAAAGAAUUAAUUCCAAUUAUUGGUUUAAAAAAUGGGAAUUCAAUAAGUUCAAAUUUUGGUUCAAAUGAAUUUAUUUUUGAUAUUGAUGGAUAUAUUGAAGAUGAAAAAGUUAAAAUUUAUAAAAAAAUUUUCAAUUAUACUAAGAAAUCAGAUAAUGCAAUUAAUAAAAUUAAUACGCAUACUGAUAAAGAAAUUCCAAAUAUUUUACAAAAUUUAGUUAGUUCAUAUUUUAAUCAUUUAGGUUAUAUUGAUAUUUCAAAAACUUUUUUAAAAGAAAUUAAAAAUGAACAAAUUGAUGAAUCAUUAAUUAAAAAUUUUAAUAAAAUUGAAAGUAUAUCAAGUAUUGAUGAAAAUAAUUUAAAAAUUCGUCAACAAAUUAGAAAAUAUUUAAUUCAAGGAGAUGUUGAAUCUUCAAUAAAAUUAACAAAUUUAAAUUUCCCAAAAGUUUUUGAAAAUAAUUUAGAAAUUUUAUUUCAAUUAAAUUGUCAAAAAUUAAUAAAUUUUAUUAAAUCAGGUGAAUUAGAUGAAGCAAUGAAAUUUGGUCAAUCAUUAAGAUCAAAUUAUGAAACAAAUGAAAAAUUUCAAGAAUCUUUAAAUGAUAUAUUUAGUUUAUUAGCUUUUGAAAAACCUGAAGAUUCAGAAUUUGGUUAUUUAUUAUCAAAUGAUUGUAUUUUAAAAAUUUGUGAUGAAUUAAAUUCAGAAAUUUUAAAAAGUUUAGGAAAAUCAAGUAUAUCAAAUUUAGAAAAAUUAAUUAAACAUAAUAAAUCUUUAAUAGAAAUUUUAAAUGAUAAGAAUCAAUUAGAUUCUUUAUUAAUUACAAGUGAUGAUUUUGGUUUAUAA